CCGUUUAUACACAAUAUGAGUCAUAAUCAGUAUACGUCCUUAUCUAACAGAUAUGCUAUGCGACUCUGCUUAUCAUCUAGGGCAAUGUUCUGUUACACUUGGUACUUACCAUUGAUAAGUGUUACGAGGGCAUUUGUUAUUCCCAGGGUGGGGGGACGCGUAGUAUUGCAGCAUUUCUAUUCUAGUUUCGUUUGGCGGUGCAAGAAUGUCGAGAAGGCUGCCCAGGGCAAGUUCUUCGCAACAACGAAGGAGGUCAUACGUCGAACUUCAAGAGGAAGAGGUGCACGAGUUGCGGGUGGAACGUCGCAAAUGGAAUCGCCAGCACGGUUUAGGAUUGACAGUCGCAGGUGGAGGAGGAUCGUUUCCCUACCGUGGCAGAGAAGAGGGCAUUUUCGUUGCCAAACUUGUGCCCGGAGGAGCAGCCGACGAAGCUGGGCUCAAGUUAGACGAUGAAAUCCUAUCGAUUAAUGGAGUUUAUUGCUCGGAUCUGGAACACCAUCAAGCAGUUGAUUUGUUGAGAAAUUCUGGCGGAGAUUUGUACGUUCGAGUACUACGCAAAGUCAUUCGACUAGUCGAAUCCGCCGUGCCGUUAGCACCAAACGUGGCUCCACUUAUUCGUUCAAGAUCGAGUUAUCAGCUCAACUCCGCACGACGUGAGGAGAAUGGCAGAAGUAGAACUCCCGAUCCUCAAAUGCGACGACGUUCUUAUUCGCAUAGAGCAGACGAUAUUUACCCACCGACUCCGAUGGAAGAGACCGGCUAUCUGAGACCGAGAACGCCUCCUCUUCGACGGAUGUCAACUUCUCAUCAAGUUGAACCGUCAAGUGUAACUCCUUAUUCUUCCAGAGCCCUCCAACACACAACUCACCUGGAUUCCACUGGUGUUCAUUUCCAUCCCUAUUGUUUCGCUUGCAAUCCGUCCGUUGUUCACUUAAAUCCAUCGAACAUACCUCAGUUACCAUUACCUUCCAUUUCUUCUUUCCCGACGGAGCACAUUUACGCAACACCCGAUCACGCAAAUGGUUACCCUUCGCCAACACUGUCGCAAAGAUUUAAUUCCUCCCGGCCUGCGGCAACUUGGGUUGAUGAUGAACCAGAGGAUACAAAUCGAUUCACCGUAAGACUUGAGCGCGAUGAAGUGACUGGACUCGGAUUUAUCGUGUCCACCAGAGACGGCCAAGCCCAUUCAGAAGGUGUUUACAUUUCGGGAAUAAUUAAAGACGGAGUGGCGGAUAGAAGUGGUAUGCUAAUGGUCGGAGAUCGUAUACUAUCGAUUAACGGGUUAGAUGUGGAGAAGGCCCAUCAUAAAGAAGUGGUAACUCUACUUAGUCGUUCUAAACCUUACGUCCAAUUAGAGUUAGAACGCGAUCCCUCAGCAAAUUAUCCGGAAGUGUUUGAUUCGGAAACCGAGCCAGAACAUUUUAAUGCCACUCGUAGAAGUACGUUACGUAGCAGCAUGUCACAUCAUUCAGAGCCUUGGCAAACUAACUACACCCAGAUCAAUCACAAUCCACCACCACGAGCAGCGAUGCCUUUAAAAAGCAGUUUAAAGGCCUCUUCACGCGUAAGCGCUCCCAUAGCAACGCCAGUGAGGCACCAUCCAAGAUAUCCGUCACCAUCUCCGUCGCCACCGCAUCCGCCUCGUCGUUCAUCAUCGGCUUCAAUGAAUUUCGCUAUGAAAUCAGCCGAUCCGAAUGAUCUCAAACUUCACGAGCUUCAAUUCCCACCGCCUCCGACAGAGUUGGGCCGUUUCAGGGAAAGCAUUACGAAAAACACUUUAACUGAAACGGUCGUUACGCGAGUUACGACCAACCAGAAAGGCCAGCGGCCCGUCAUUACAGAGGAUGUGGUGAUCCGUAAAGAUAUGGGAUCGAGGCUUGGAUUGCGGAUUGCCGGCGGCAAAGAUUCAUGUUCCAUUCCAUUCGGCGUGGAUGAGCCCGGCAUUUUCAUUUCACGAGUGAUUCCGCAAGGGACAGCUGCUCGUUCUGGACGAUUAAGAAUAGGCGAUCGGCUCUUGAAGAUCAAUGGAAAUGAGGUUUCAGAUUGGACCCACCACGAAGUGAUUCGUACCCUCUCUCAACCCUCCCAGCAGAUCAUUCUUACCGUACGUCACGAUCCGCAGCCGGAAGGGCUCGACGAAUUUCUCAUCCAGCGGAAAGAUGACGAACAGUUUGGCAUCAAAAUUAUCGGCGGAGUCUUGGAACAGGAUAGUUAUUGCGGCAAAAAAUACGAUUCCGGUAUUUUUGUAUCCAAAGUCCAUCGCGGUGGCGCCAUCGCUAGAGACGGCCGAGUAAAGGUUGGAAUGCGCUUGCUAGAAGUGAACGGAACUAACGUGAUCGGCGUAACGCGACGUGAAGCCAUCGAAGCUUUCCGGAAAGCCGGUCACGUGCUCCGGCUCAUGGUUUGCGACGGAUGGAGUGAAGACACUAAAGCCGUUGACAGUGAUGACGUCACGAGCAAUCGAUCGUCUGUUAUGAGCAAUUCCAGUUGGUCUGACAAAGCUGCAAGUUCAAAUUUCAUCCGCCAUCAGUCGAUUCACGGAGCAAAACAACCGAACGGUUGGCCUGCACAUUUAAAUGAAUCAAAUUCUGCGAGAUCAACUCCAACUUUAUCUAAAAAGAAACACGUUGGUGUCAAAUUGCCAGAUUUGAGGGGAUCAAAACAUUUCCCUAAAAGGCCGAGCUUUACAGAGUCUGACGAUGUGAAAACGACUACAAUCGUCAUGUCAAAAACGACAGUCGAUAAACCUGACAAGGAGGUGUUUGACGAAUGCUAAUUAAACAAAAUUUAUCCUUUAAUUUAGUUUUCUAAUCUGUGUACUCUUAUUAAAUCAAUCUACGAUUAUGGCUGUUUUUAAAUUUUUAAGAAAA